AUGAUUGACAAGACUCAAUCCAAACUUUUCCAGCCUCUUUUGAUUGGAGAUGGAAAGAUUAGACUUGAUCACAGGGUUGUCUUUGCCCCGUUGACCAGGAAUCGAGGAGAGCCUUCCCACCGCAUCAGCACUGCACAGACUCCAAACCGCAUUUGGUAUCCUGGGGAUCUCAUGGUUGAGUAUUAUGUUCAGCGAACGACGAAAGGCGGCCUUGUGAUUUCAGAGGGUAUUCCACCUUCUCUUGAGAGCAACGGAAUGCCUGGUGUGCCUGGUCUGUUCACUCAAGAGCAAGCCGAUGGCUGGCGCAAAGUUGUUGAUGCCGUACACAAAAAAGGAGGCUACAUUUACUGCCAGCUCUGGCAUGCUGGCCGAGCUACUAUUCCUCAAAUGUCAGGUUCACCUCCAGUAUCAGCCUCUGCUAGUGUCUGGGAUUCGCCAGACGAAUGCUAUUCUCACAUUCCUGUAGAUGAAACAAAGCCGGUUCGCUAUGCGGACCAUCCACCGGUGGAACUGUCUAUUGAGCAUAUUAAAAAGACGAUCAAAGACUACUGCGACGCAGCAGAGAAGGCUAUGCACGUAGGCUUCGACGGAGUUGAGAUUCACGCCGGGAACGGCUACCUGCCAGAGCAGUUCCUGAGCUCAAACAUCAACAAGAGAACGGAUGAAUACGGCGGAUCUCCGGAAAAGAGAUGCCGCUUUGUGCUCGAGUUGAUGGAUAAAUUGGCGAAGCGGAUCGGUGAGGGUAAUCUUGCCAUUCGUCUUUCGCCUUUUGGUCUUUUCAAUCAAGCUCGCAGUGAGCAACGCGUGGAAACUUGGACUUAUCUUUGUAAAUCUUUGAAGUAUGCUCAUCCGGCGUUGUCGUAUGUCAGCUUCAUUGAGCCUCGGUACGAACAAAUUUUCAGCUAUAAAGAGAAAGACAAGUUUCUCGCUAGCUGGGGUCUUGCCGACGUUACUUUAGACCCGUUCCGUGAAAUCUUUGGCGACACCCCUUUUUUCUCGGCCGGCGGUUGGGACGACACUAACCCUUGGGGUGUGAUUGAAUCGGGCAAGUAUGAUGCCUUACUUUAUGGCCGCUAUUUUAUCAGUAACCCAGAUCUGGUUACCCGGCUGAAGAACGGUAUCCCGCUCGCGGCGUACGAUCGUACUCGAUUUUACGGCCCGUUUAAGGAUAAUACUAUCGGAUAUACCGACUAUCCAGUCGCAGAACAGAUCAUAUCUGAAUAA